GAAGUUUUUGUGAAAUAAUUAAUAACAAUAAAAUAUCCGAGCAUAAAACUUAAUGAAGUAAAAUUAAACAUUCUGCGACAGUUUAUUAGGUAAACUAGAAAGGAGUAAGUGGAUAAGUCGUGUGAUUCACGCAACAAAUUCCUGAAACUAGCAACAAAAAACAAAAAAGAUGUGGAAUUUGAAGCAUUUUGCUGCAAAUUUGUAUCGACAAUACGAGCUUGUUACAUGUAUAAAUAUGUUUGAGCCCUGGGAGAAGAAGUUGAUUAAUGGAUUCGUCUUGCUGAUGUUUGUACUCUUGAUAUUCUCAAGCUGCGUCUACUUGCCCAGCUAUAUGGACACGCUGCUCGAUGUAAUAACCCCAGCAAGUGGAACCAACAAAGUGCCGGAUAUGGUAUAUGUGCCGCAAAGAAUCAGCAGCAUUUAAGGACCCAAAAACUCUAUAAAACACUUACAACCGCGAUUUAGAUAUAUGCACAUAGUACUUGCCCAAUUGGUAGAAAACUAGAAUUUAAUGAAA